UACACUGCCACCAGAACUCGGAGCACCCGCACCCAUCGAAACCAAAAUAACAAUAACAUACCGCUUUUCGUGGCCCAAAAAUGAGGCUCCAACGGCAGUGCAUUGUGGUCAACAUGCGAUCGGCCAUCGUGCUCAUCGCGAUCUUCGUGCUGACGGGGAUCAGGAACAGCGAGACGGCCAGCGGAGGCAACCAGAUGGAUUUGUCGGACGCGAAGGGCGACCACAAGGACAACAGCAAUGCGAGCAAUGGGAAUCCCAACGAGAACGAGGUGUAUGUGCCGCCAGUGGUGGUUAAAAGCAGUGGAGGAGGAGGCAGCGGAGGAGGCGGCGGAGCAACAGGUGGACUCCUGGACAACAUCACCGCCUACAGCAGCAGCAGCAGCAAUGGCAACAGCAACAACAACAACAUGCUGUGCCCCUACGACAAGGAGACGCCCUGCGAUCGCCUGCAUUUCCCCUGCAUUCGUUGCAACUACAACCACGGCUGCAUUUACGGUCGGGAUGUGAAUGUCACCUGCGAGGUGAUCCAGAAUGUCCAGUGCCAAGGGGAGCGGCAGUUCCAGCGGCAGAUGAACUGCCGCUACUGCUACCAAACGGAGAUGUGGCAACAGAGCUGCGGCCAGCGUUCCAGCUGCAACUCCGCCUCGGAUAAACCCUUCAGGACCAACUGCACGGUUCACCAGGAUGUCCUCUGUCUGGGCAAUCGAUCCUUCACCCGCAAUCUGCGCUGCAAUUGGACGCAGGGCUAUCGAUGGAGCACUGCCCUCUUAAUUAGCCUCACUCUCGGUGGCUUUGGGGCGGAUCGCUUCUAUUUGGGCCACUGGCAGGAGGGGAUCGGCAAGCUGUUCAGCUUCGGCGGCCUCGGCGUGUGGACCAUCAUCGAUGUCCUGCUCAUUUCGAUGCAUUAUCUAGGGCCAGCGGAUGGUUCGCUGUAUAUAUAAGCUGGGAUUACUAGGAUAACCAGGGAAAGGGAAUCCACGGGGAAGACUGUAGGCCAAAAGUUUAGAUCAUAAGCUAAAUGUUUCCAUUACCAUGUAAAUAAAUACGAGGGCAUAUUUAACCAUUAAAUAAUAUAGCAAUUUUAACGAGAAUUCUUCAAUUAGAAGCUUGUACAUAAAUAAUUGAAAAGUGUAAUCUAUUAAGAAUAUUAUGUAUUAUCCAUUGAUCGUACCAAUAAAAAGGCGAAAGAGAUAUUAUAGCCAUCUCUUUCUUAUUCCUGUAA